AUGUCCGGCGAAAUUAAGGAUGUCAUGAUCCUUGGAGGUCGUGGAAACUUGGGACCGCAUCUUAUUGCUGCUCUAGUCAAGACCGGCUUCAACGUUUCGGUCCUAAGCCGUGCUUCGUCAACCACCGCAGACGCAAGCUUCCACGGCGCCACUAUUGUCAAAUCCGACUACACCUUCCCAUCCCUUGUUGAAGUCUUCACUGGUCAAGAUGCCGUCAUCUCCACACUGUCAACAGUCAACAUCGCGGAGCAAAAGACCGUCAUCGAUGCCGUUGUAGCUGCAAAGGUCAAGCGCUUCAUGCCAAGCGAGUUUGGCAGUGACACUUCAGUCGAGGGUCUUGAGGAUAUGGCCCCAUUCCUCAAGGGCAAACAGGAUGUCAUGGAUUAUGUCAAGAGUAAGGUAGUUGAGGGAUUGACUUGGACUGCUAUUUUCUCUGGACCUUGGAUUGACUGGAUGUUAAUCGAGGGGCAAGGCCUGCUUUGUCUAGACGUCAAGGCCAAAACCGGCGAACUUGUAGACGCAGGUGAACCCAAGUUUACCACCACAACCGUAUCUCAAGUCGGCGAAGCCACUGCCGCUGCGUUGCUCCACUCCGAGAAAACCAAGAAUCAGUAUGUACACAUCUCCUCGUACAACACUACUCAAAAUCAAGUUCUUGAGGCUCUGGAACGUAUCUCUGGAACCAAAUUUGCCAUGAAGAUUUUGAGCCAGACGGAACUCUAUGCGCGAGCUACAAAGCACGUCGAGGAAGGCGAAUGGACCACUGGGUAUUACGAGCUUGCUGCUUCGACUACGUACAGUGAUGCCCCAGUUACUUAUUUUCCGGAUAAGGCGGAGCAUUGGAACAAGGUGCUUGGGCUUCAAGAGGGUGAGGGCUUUGACGAGAUGAUCGCUCGGGUACUGGCGACCGUGGGUUGA